GUUCUAUUUCUCUUUCUCUCUCUUUUUCUCUGUCUCUGUCCCUCUCUCCCUGUCUCUUUCGCCGUCGCGUGCCGGAACAUCGACGACCGUACACACCUGGACACGAAUGAUGGCAUCCUCGUGUGCUUGCAAGAAGACAUAGCAGAGCCGACCACGGGAAACCAACCGGAGAAUUCGCGUGGACGGUUCGUAUCAGCCGCGCGAAGCGACGUCUCGCCGCGAGUCGUUCACUCGGGGUGUCGCCGACGAACAUCGCGAGCUCGGCCCCCCAGGAUGAUGUCACCGGGAAUUCGGUGGAUGUGACAGACGAGUCGUGCUACGAGCUAGCUACGAGGAAGAGGACAUCGUGGGGCUACCGUCGGCGCGAAAGCCUGCCGGAGAAACUCGGCACAGCGGUCCCCCACAUGACGCCCCACUUAGGCCGCUAGGGCAGCAGGCGCAAUCGCCGCCACUGGUCACCGGUGGCGGUGACGAAAAGGGGCUGAUGUCAGUGCGGCCACUCGGCGGAGUUCAGUUGGAUCGUCAGUUCGGAUGCGAGAACACGACAACACCGUGCACGCACGCAUUGGCGUCGACGUACCGCGAACGGGGCGAGCAGGACUGCUUGCGAGGACAAGGACGAGGACGAGGACGACGACAACAGCGACAACGAGGAGGACAAAAGCGAGCUCAGCGGCGGAAGCGGCUACGGAGAACACGGUGAUGCUCGCGGCAGUGGCCGCGAGCAGCAAGAGCAACAGCAGCGAGUGGUGGCAAUCGGUAGUGGUGGUUCGGCGGAGAGUCGCGCGGCUAGCGAGCGCGACGAGGAGGACUAGGAAGACGAGCGGCGAGGAGCAUCUUCUGACGCGCGCGAUCGUGGCUGCGUUGGUCGCGUCGGCAGGUCGAACCGAGUGGCGCAGCCCGAGAAAUAAUGCGUGUUAGGCACGAGGACGACGACGACGACGUUAAGACGCGCCGAGUACCGAGACGACGACGACGGUACGACGCGAGUAGUAGUGUGCCAUCAUCGACGACGAGGAGGACGACGAGGAGAAAGAACGGCGGAGAGAACAACAAGUCUCGAAGACCACUGCUAUUACUAUCGCAACCGCAGCAGCUGCAACGGCAGCGCAAUUAUGCAUGCGUCGUAUGGUACCGAGAUCACGUAGUGGCCGGCGUGUAAUUAUGUUGUCAUCGCGCGGCGCAACCUGUGCGGUAAAUAUUCACAGUGAAAAUCUGGCGUGAGCGGUUCCGCGGUAGAACGGGGAAUAUGGCGUCGGUCUCGGCCGAGACUCCAGCCAGCCAUGGGCACAGCUUCAGUAAGAAGACAUUUCACAAACCAACGUACUGCCACAGCUGCACGGACAUGCUCUGGGGCCUGAUACAGCAGGGGUACAUCUGCGAGGUGUGUAACUUCGUGGUGCACGACCGCUGUCUCAAGGCCGUCGUCUCUCCCUGCUCCAGUAUCGCGGCAAGCCUGAUCAAGAAUCCUGUUGCACAUUGCUGGUCUGAACAAGUACAUCAGAAAAGGAAAUUCUGCAACGUCUGUCGAAAACGAUUGGAUGAUAAUCUAUCCAUACAUUGCGAAAUAUGCGAGUACUUCGUGCACAUAGAAUGCCAAGACUUCGCAUUGGCAGACUGCAAAGAGAACGCUACGUACUUUCUUGGGAAGGAUCUAGCAGCGGUAAGACACACUCACCAUUGGCGGGAAGGCAACCUUCCAAGCAGCUCGAAAUGUGCUGUAUGCAAGAAGGGUUGCUGUUCUGCCGAGUGCCUCUCCGGAUUUCGAUGCGAGUGGUGCGGCAUGACGUUACACGCGUAUUGUUACAAGAAUAUUCCUCAAGAAUGCACUUUCGGUAAUUUGGAGCCAAUUUACCUGCCACCACAUGCAGUUAGUAUUCCGCGCACCGAAGUUCCCAUGGAAGCCAUCAUCGGUGUUCAAGUGCGUCGUAAAGAAGUGCUGGCGCGUGAGUAUUCUUGUCAUAACAUCGGAGAGCAAUUCGAUUUCGCUGAGAGUGAACAAAUUGGGGCUGCAGGCCGCCUAGCCGAAGCUUUGAGGCGUCUUUCGCUAGUUUUGCCACGUAGCUGCCAUGGAAAUUGUCAUGCUUCCCCUCCCUAUGUUCGAGCGCGGAGCAUAUCAGAAGAAUUCAGUAGCGAUACGAGAUGUCGUGAUAACGGAGAACCGGCACAAUGUGCGCACAGCCGUGAUCCGCGUUCUCCCAAGGAGAAGGACGAUAAAGAAAGAGGUGACGAAGAGAUGAUUAAGGUGUACGAUGGCAACAAUUCUCUGAGGCGACGGAUAUUUCAGGUGAUCUCGGUGCCGAGACAAGCUACAACAGAGGAGGUUCUCACAUCGGCAUUACACGCCUUUCACAUUACUAAAGAUCCCAACAAUUUUUACUUAACUGACCUGUAUGCCACCGACGAAACCGAGUUGUGCGAUCCAACGCCUGUUUUAAAUUUAAAUCGCAAAGAAGGCAAACGUCCGGCUGUGUUCUUACGAUUUAAAAAUAAUAACAGCGGGGAAGUGCGAGUUUACCCUGAUAAAUUGCAAGUGUCAGAGUCUUUCUGCACAAUACCUGUCACUGAAAAGACUACUGUCGCGGAUUUGAUAAACGAGGCGCUGGAAAGGUUCGGUUUGCAAAAUUUUAAUUGUGACGAAUACAGAUGCAGCGAGAUUCUGUUGGAUCGUGGUGUGACGGAGAGAGUUUUGUCCUGGGACGAGAAACCUUGGGAGAUUGUCAAGCAACUGGGAAAGGAUUCCAUCAGACAAAUGGAGCUGAUGCGCUUUUACAUUCAAUUAAAACAAGAUCCACAUGGACCUAAUCUGGCUCUGUUCAUAGGCAACUUGCCGCCCAAUCUUUCUGAAAGAAGCUACGAGAAUAUGUUAAUAGAAUUUUUAGGGAAAGAAAAUAAAUUCUCAUCAAUUGGUCCAAUUUAUUACGAAUUUGGUUCUAUGGUCAUCAUAUACGAAGAUUCUAAUAAGGCGGUUAGAGCAUUAUACACGUUGCGGGAAUCGAAACACGAGGACAAGCAUCUUCUAGUAAUGCUUUUACCGAAUGUCGAACCGAGUAUGGUGCCAUCGGGCGUUCAACCAUUGCUCAUAUUCGUAAACUUAAAAUCUGGCGGUUGUCAAGGACCUCAACUACUUUCUAGUUUUCGUAAACUCUUAAAUCCUUAUCAGGUGUUUGAUCUUGAAAAUGGUGGACCUUUACCCGGACUUUACGUUUUUCGGCAUAUAAAGGAUUACAAGAUACUGGUCUGUGGUGGAGAUGGAACGAUAGGUUGGGUGUUACAGUGUUUAGACAAUGUUGGUCAGGAUAGCGAGUGUUCUUCUCCCGCAUGCGCUAUCGUGCCCCUGGGAACAGGGAACGAUCUCGCACGUACACUAUGUUGGGGUUCGGGUUACACCGGAGACGAGGACCCGCUAGAUUUAUUGCGUGACGUUAUCGAUGCAGAAGAAAUAAGAUUGGACAGGUGGACUGUGGUUUAUCACCCGCAAGAGACAGACGUAGGCACUGCUCAAGCAGUCGCUAAUGCAGCUGUGAAAAAGAAAAAAAUGUCACGGUGCCGUUUACUUAUUCCAGGGGCAUCGAGUGGCGAAGAUAAUGCCCAAAUGUUUGUAAUGAAUAAUUAUUUUGGCCUCGGCGUAGACGCUGAUUUAUGUUUAGACUUUCAUAACGCGAGAGAAGAGAACCCUAAUAAGUUCAAAAGCAGAUUACGGAAUAAAGGCGUGUAUGUGACGAUGGGCUUGCGCAAAAUGGUCAAGCGUAAGCCUUGCAAAGAUUUGCACAAAGAAAUUCGUUUGGAAGUAGAUGGUAAAUUAGUCGAUUUACCACAAGUGGAAGGAAUCAUCAUUCUGAAUAUUUUAAAUUGGGGCUCUGGUGCUAAUCCCUGGGGACCCGAUACGAAAGAAGAUCAGUUUCAUACCCCCAAUCAUUGGGAUGGUAUGUUAGAAGUCGUCGGGGUCACCGGCGUAAUGCAUCUUGGACAAAUACAGUCCGGCUUACGCACGGGUAUGAGGAUAGCACAGGGCGGGCACAUAAGAAUGAACCUGAACUCUGAUAUACCUGUACAAGUGGACGGUGAACCGUGGAUCAUGAGUCCGGGAGAAGUCAUGGUCCUGAAGUCCGCGCUCAAGGCGACGAUGCUGAAGAAGACGAAGGGUAAAAUGAAGCGACGGAACACUGAAUCCAGCAUGCAGUUGGCGCUACAGGCUGCACCACCGAACGAACCGGACACGGAAACCUUCUGAGUGAAUGAAGAAACAUUAUGUGAAAGUGAAUGAGAAUAUGUUGCCGUGAUCGCAAGCACGUAGCCGCGCAGAGGACUCGAUCUCGAUUAAGCACAGUAAUAAUUGGCCUUUGAAAUCGUCCAACGGCGGUUGCGCCCUGCACGAACUUAAACAUAAGGCAAAUACAACGCGAGAGGAAAAAAUGAGAAUCGAAUAAACUCGACGAGAAAGCAGAGGGGGACAGGUAGAUGAGAUUUUCAAGUUACACGGACACAUGUAAAACAUAUACACAGCAUAAAAAAUUCAUAAUGAUUCUUAAUGUUUGUUCUUACAUUAAUAGGAAGGAGAAAAUAGAUCUCAUUUUUAAAUGUUAAUAAUUAUAGCACUGUACGUAGCUCUCUUACCAAUCAAUAUUGUUUUAGUAAAAUUAUAAUAGAUCUUGACGGUAUACAUACACGACCAUAGGCACACGCGACAUACACACAAAACACGCAUACACGCACUUGUUUACAGAGUGGUUUGAAAACACUUUUCUUCUAUAUAUU